AAUGGAUGACGAGCUUGAACCUGGAAUGAAUGAUGUUAUAGUUAGCCACUACAACCACUCAGGCAAGUGGGGAAGACCAAAAAGCACUGGUAUGUGUAAGACGGCCUUCCUGAUGUGCAUCUGUGCUCUGAUCGUGAUUGAGAACAUUACUGUUCUUCUGGCACUAUGGCGCAACAAGCGCUUCCACAGCCGCAUGUACUUUCUCAUCGGCAAUCUGGCACUUUCUGACUUGUUAGCUGGAGUGGCAUAUGUGGUCAACAUCUUCACCUCCGGCCGUAAUACUUUUUUCCUCAGCCCUGGCCAGUGGCUGCUGCGAGAGGGGAGUAUGUUUGUGGCACUUAGCGCUUCGACUUUUAGCUUGCUUGCUAUUGGGAUUGAGCGCCACAUGACGAUGGUUCGUUUGCGGCCUUGUGAGACCGCAGGAAGGGGAAGGUUACUAGCUCUCCUGGGAGCCUGCUGGGCAGUUUCAGUUCUCUUGAGUGCCUUGCCAAGCCUCGGUUGGAACUGUUUGGACCGAGUCCACACCUGCUCCACUGUCCUACCACUGUACGACAAAAGCUACAUAGCUUUCUGCAUCAGUGUCUUCACAGCCCUCCUAGCAGCAAUUGUAGUCCUCUAUGUGCGCAUCUACCAACUUGUGACAUCUAGUGGGCGAAGAGUAAGUUCUCGUCCAUCAGAUCGGUCGCUCGCUCUUCUGCGCACAGUAGUGAUAGUACUAGGGGUUUUUGUGGCAUGCUGGGCUCCUCUUUUUUCACUACUGCUGCUUGAUGUGGGAUGCAGUCCAGAGCAGUGCCCGAUUCUCUACAAGGUGGACUGGUUCAUCGCUCUGGCUGUGCUCAACUCUGCUCUCAACCCACUGAUCUACACGUUUUCCAGCAGAGAAAUGCGAACUGCUUUCCUCCGUGUGCUGUGCUGUUGUCAAACCUCACUGGACUCUAUGCCAACAGUGGCAGGGACGGCACUUCCGGGAAUAGUCAUACAUACCGCAGAGAACAGCAAAUCUAGCAUGGCUGGAGCAGGUAGUGGUGCAGCCAAGUCAUCAUUAAUGCAAAGUAAAGUUCCCACUCCGUCAAACUCCCACCAUCAGGAUCCUUCACAAACGGCUGUCACACACUCCUCAGGCCCAGGUAACCUGCUAUCUGCGGUGCUGGUUAAAGCUGGGGCUCUUCCCGCUUUGGGGAAGUUCUGA